AUGACUUCGCAGCUCUACUCUCGAUAUAUUCCACCCGUCAAAAAGAGUACAGAUUCGGAUACCACCCUCCAGCCUAUAAAUCCGACCCCGGCUCCGCCUAUUGUGCAAAUUGACCCCUCCUCCACAUAUGCACGAUAUAUUCCUCCCCCAAAACCUAAAUCGAGCCACCCUUCCGAAUUAGACGGGGAAAGAAAUCCCAAAAGGCUCAAGAAAAGCAAUGAGGAUACAAGCAGCAGCAUACAAAAAGAGAAUGUUCUCUCUGUUCCAAGUCAGGAGCCCAGGCCAAAAAAGUCGACGCCCAGGAAAGAGAAACAAGCAGAGAAGGCCGGAGGAGAUAUAAGGCAUGUCAGUACGCAAAAUCUGCCGGUUGUCGAGGAUGCCCGACACGAAAAACUCAUGAAGAAGCGUGAUAAAUCCCUCCGAAAAGCAGAGAAAUUAUCAGAGAAAUCGGUAGAGCCAACAAACACCCAACCAGUAGAAGAUGUCCCAGAGCCCACGGAGCCCCACGACCUAGUACCUCUACCACAGCCCGAGCCUGUUCCCGAAUUGCCUUUACAAUCCACUACAUCUUCCCUACCUUCCUGGCUAGCAUCGCCAAUACGAGUAUCGCAGAGUGCAACAGCACAAUUUAAAGAUGUCGGAAUGCAGGAAUCUACAGCAACUGCGUUGUCUUCGAAAGGGUUCAAAGAAGCCUUCGCGGUCCAAGCAGCUGUCUUGCCACUGCUCCUCCCAGGUCCAUCUCAGCAGCCCGGCGACAUUCUUGUAUCAGCUGCAACCGGGUCCGGGAAGACUCUCGCCUAUGUUUUACCUAUGAUUGAGGCAUUGAGUCGGCAUAGGGUUACAAAACUACGUGGUGUUAUUGUCGUGCCUACAAGAGAGCUUGUUACACAAUUGAAAGAUGUAUCAGACACCUGUGCUUCUGCGUUUUCAUCUGAACGAGAUAGGAGGCGUGUGAAGAUUGGAACUGCAAUUGGGAGCGGCAACUUCAGGAGCGAACAAUCUGCUUUGAUGGAUCAGCAUUUAACAUACGACCCGAAAAAAUACCAAGCUCUCAUAUCACGCCUCAAUUCAAAAUGGCAGGCUGACAGUGAUGCGGAUUAUGAGUAUCUCUUUGGGGAAGAAGAGUCUGCUCCCGCCCUUCCGGACCACGUUAGCGAAUCAUCUUUAAAGAUUGACGUACUCAUUUGCACACCCGGCAGGCUCGUCGAGCAUCUCAAAUCAACACCUGGCUUCUCUCUGCAAGAUUUAACGUGGCUCAUCGUCGAUGAAGCUGACAAGUUGCUGGAUCAAAGCUUCCAGCAAUGGCUGGAUGUCGUGAUUGGGCAAUUGCCACAACCGAGCGCAUUCGGACGACGAGAACACAUUCGAAAAAUCAUUCUCAGUGCGACUAUGACUAAAGAAGUUGGACAACUCAAUAGUUUCAAGCUUUAUCGUCCAAAGCUUGUAGUACUGGAGGGCUCGGCCUCUACAGAGGCCUAUGAAGGUGGACAUGUUCUUCCCUCACUUCUAACUGAAUCUGCAAUCAAAGUUGAGGACGAGGGUAUCAAACCGCUGUACUUGCUUGAAAUUUUGAAGCGCCAAAGUCUAGUGGUACCCGCCAAGAGUCACUCGACAUCGCCCACAGAUUCCUCUGAAUCUGAAUCGGAUACAUCAGAUGACGAGGCACCCACUCUCCAGAAACUCUCUAUGUUACCAGAGCCGGUGGACGGAAAUGCCCCCACCGAGUUUGAGACUACGGCAACUCCACGGGGUGUUUUGAUUUUUACCAAGUCGAAUGAGAGCGCUUUACGUCUAGGUCGCCUAAUCGCUAUUUUGGAACCAGAUUCUUCUGCCCUUGUGGCAACUCUCACCUCGACAACACGAAAUUCUACAAGAAGGGCUGCCUUGAGAUCUUUUCAAUCUGGGAAACUGUCAAUUCUUGUCGCCUCGGAUCUUGUAUCUCGUGGUCUGGACCUUCCCAACUUGGCACAUGUUAUCAAUUAUGAUGUCCCUGGCAGCAUUACUAGCUAUGUGCAUCGUGUUGGAAGAACAGCCAGAGCAGGAAAGCCUGGUCAUGCGUGGACACUGUUUACUGGAAGUGAAGGAAGGUGGUUUUGGAAUGAGAUCGGUCGCUCAACCGCGAUCGAGAGACUCGCAGAGUCAAAAGUCGAGAGAGUCAAUAUCAAAGCGUCCCUCUUCGAUGGCGAGAAAUUGAGAUACGAGGCUGCUUUAGAGAAACUGGGAGAAGAAGCAGGCGGUUCAAAGUCUUGA